AUGAAUGCCUACGUCAAAUUGGGGAGCAGUGUCGUCACUCCGGAUAAGCAUACUGCGGUCAUGCGAUAUCGAUGGGAAGCUCUUCAACCUGACAAGGUCGAACUUUGUGGCUCCUCUGUUCCGCCCCAUAACCCAGAAUUGCAUUAUUACCCAGAUCCUACACAGCAGAGGCGUUCUCAGGUGUUUGAUAAGCUCCUUUCCGACGCUCGUCGGCAAUAUGGAAAGGACGCGGAGGUCAACUAUACUCAUGAAGAGGGCCCAACGGCAUCACAUAAGAACGCAACGGGCAUAUAUCCCCUUAUGGGGGCCUUAGACUUCGGCACCCACCGCUCCUUUCAGUCGAAGGACAAGUUCUGGGGCGGUGAUCCUGUGACGACGAUCAAAGGUGCUUUACAAGCAAUUCGGCCUCGGUACCCUACCUCAGGAGGAACACCUGCAAGGAGGGGAUCCUCUGUAUGUUCUACGGGCAAUGGGGCCGACGGUCUGAGAACUCCUGCGAGAACCCCUAGAAAUGCGACUCGGGAUGGUUGGGAACUUCCGUCCUGUGACGAACUGGACGUCUUUGGUGCCCAUACGCCUUCCACAGGAAGGAAGCGCAGACGCCUCGAUCCGGUUGAUCCUAUCGCAUUUAACAUCAAGGAGAAGUUGGAAACGGCUACCUCUUCCAUCUUGAACUUGGGUCUUCCGUCGGUGACGGAUGUUGAGCAAGAGGUCGAUGAGCGCCGCAAGGAGCGCAGCGAGCAUAACGAGGUCGUCGAGAAGAAGAAGAAAGAGCUAGAGACAUGUCAGGACAAGCGAGCGUCACUAGCCAAGAUACACGAGGAAUGCGAGAAGGCGUGCACGGAACUUGAAAUCAAGCUCAACGAUGAUGAGCGCAGGGUGAGUAAAUGGCUCUCGGAGUUCCCCCUAGACCUCAACUUCGCCAUCAAUACCGAAAGAUACAAGACCCCGGGCGAAGACAGGUGGAAACCUGAAAAGAUCAACCUCAUGGAGGUGCGGAACAGGAAGCGCAAAGCCAAUGAAUCGCUAGAUUCUGCGAACCAGGAUUUCUCCUACCUUGAGAGGGUAGUAGGGGUUGUUUUAGAAGAGGGAAGGGUGAUUGAGGAGGGGUUGAAGACGGCGUAUAUACGUAAAGAGUUUGUGACGAUGAAGGAGAGACAUUUGGAGGAUCAAAGAGCAUUUCUAUUGCGGUUUGAGGGUGAUGAUUGGGAGAAGAAGUUGGAUGCGAGGGGAGGCUAG